CGGUGAGAGCAGUGAAACAGGCCCAGGCAUCCUGUCAGCCAGAGUAAAUGAUGGGUUCAGAUUUUACUGAAGGCGUCCACAUGUGCAACACACACACACACACACACACACACACACACACACACACACUUGCAAGAGUCCAGGGUGAGAGACAGGGAGGCGUGGAGACCAAUAAUUUUUACAAUGAUUGUUUUAGUAGCAGCAGGGUUCUUGGAUGUUUCCCUGUUUUUUUGUCAAAACUGUAUAUCUGAUAUAUCACUUUAUAUAUUAAAACAAGUAAAACUGUUACUACUUACUUACUAUAAAGCAGGUAAAAAAAAACAUCUCUCCAGAUAACUCACUAUCCAUCUGUCAGAGUGUUUUGCGUAUGCACCAUCUUACCCCUCCUUCCUCUCUUCCUUCCUCCCAUUAUCCUGUAGCAAUCCAAAUCUCUCCUCCCUCAAUCUUCAACCUCUCGUAUACCUCCCACUUUCACUCUCCAAGUACUUCUUUUCUCGUCCCUUCCUGUCCUCUCCCAAAUCUUAACAGAGGUAUCUCCGCUAGUGUCAUCCUGAACACACACUCAGAUGGGGCACCUGGCAGCACUGGUCAUCCUGCUCUGCAUCUACACCCAAGUGUGUGGAGCUGAGGGAUGCAGUGGUUUUAGACACUUGGAGAACGGGCAGACGUUUUUCCGUUACGGAGGACUGCUGGUGAUCUUCCGCUGUCAUCGUGGCUACAAGCUCCAUGGAUACAAAACCAACAGCUGUGUGUCUGGACACUGGUCCCGGGACACCCCAGUCUGUGUUGGCUCUGGCUGCUCCAACCCAGGGCUACUCACCCACGGGACAAGCAGCAUUAAUAAGGAUGGCUCCUGGGCAGUAUUCAGCUGUAAUAGUGGCUUUAAGCUACAUGGGCCCUCAAUGUUGUACUGUAAGGGUCACGGCUGGAACAGCACAAAGCCUGUAUGCAAAGAGGCUGACAUGAUGAUGAGUUUGGUUUCCCGUGUCAAUGUGCCAAAGCCAAGCAUACGCCAGAACCUCCAAUCUGCCAUGGUUCUGAAGAGCCAGCAACAAUCCCACUAUGACAUACUCGCUAAUACCGCCUCCAAAGCAGAAAACCUCAAAUUUGGGUUGCUGUCUCAUACCCCAUCCCAAAUGUCCAGCAGUGAGAGGAUCAAAGUGACUAACCCUAAAGUCCACCUGCAGCAUCAGUCUUCCAGUUUUAAAGUCAAAGAUGGAGGCCAAACAACUCAUCAUGAGGCUCAACCUCAGGAGGCAAAUGAAGCUGAAGGUUCAGAAAUAGGAACUGGGAGGGAUGGAUCAGAGGUGAAAGCUUCACGCGAAGAUCUCUCUACUCCUGUCUCAUCUACCUUAUCAUUAGUGUCAGGAACGGAGCAAUCAACAUCUUCACCGCCGCCAUUUGCAACAGCCAAUACCACUGCUAGCAGUGCUGUCAAGAAUACUGCUGUCAAGUUUACUGUGAUGUUUGCACCAACUUCACCACUUCACACAAAAUCUCCUCUGCCUGUAUUUGACAGUGAAAAGGCACUCACAUUUGGAGAACCUGUCACACCCCAGGAUGAUGCCACUCCCUCUGAAGUUGUAACAAGCUCCUCAGAAACUAAAGAUGAAGACCGACAGGCUGAAACUGGCUUCCAGCAUUCUUCUUUGGCUCAGCCUGGGUCUGUAGAUGAAGAGGAGCCCACAGAGACGUCAACACACACUGCUUCCUCUGCACUCUCCUUAUCAACAUCCUUUCCCUCCAUCUCUGCAUCAAUUUCCUCAAGUUCCAGCUCCACCCAGUCCAAAAUGAAAACACAGCUGUUUAAUGUCACCCUUCUUUCAAACACCUCCACCACCACUGAACCCAGAUCUCACUGGACCGAAUACCCCAACCUCACGAUGAACGCCACCUCCAAACCACCUCUGCUGUCUCUGAGCCUCAUCAGACGACCUGUGUGCCCUUACCCACCGGUGCCGACUCAUGGGACAUUCUACUUUCGUAAUGUAGAGAAUCCAGGUCCCAGAGAGUACAAGCAUUUCAUACAGUAUGCCUGCUACCCAGGUUAUACACUGGCUCAUGGAGAUGUAUACAGCUACUGCCAGCAGGGGGGGACCUGGAGCGGGAUCACACCUGUUUGUCUUGAGUUGACACCAUGUUCAGUUAACAACGGAGGAUGUUCCCAGCUGUGCUCUCACUCCCAGCACUACAACCAGAGCUCCAACCAGACCCAGAGCAGAACUCAGUGCAACUGCAGACCUGGAUUCACUCUGCUGGAUGACGGGCGAACGUGCCGAGAUUUAGAGGAGUGUGUGGAGGGGCAGCAUCAGUGUCAACAGAGAUGUGUCAACACAUUUGGUUCCUUUAAGUGCAGCUGUGAUGAAGGCUAUCAACCAUCUCAUGACCAGACCUCCUGCGUAGAUGUGGAUGAGUGUCUGCUCCCUGCAGCUGUAACACGCUGCCUGUUUGGUUGUGUUAACACUCCUGGGAGCUUCCACUGCCAGUGUCCUCCCGGCUACAGCCUUCCGUCUGCAGACAGCCACUGCCAAGAUAUAGAUGAGUGUGCUGUUAAUCAGGGGCUUGGGCCAUGUAUGCAGCAGUGCAACAACUCACCAGGAUCCUACCGAUGCUCCUGCACGUAUGGGCACAUCUUAGCUGGAAACGGACACAGUUGCAUCACUGAGUGUCCGCCUGGGUACAUGAAGCAAUCCACAACACCUGAGAACUCAACUGCACAAGCUCUUAAGGAGGAGUGUGUAGAUAUAAAUGAGUGCCAGGAGGAAAUGUGUGCGUGGCAGUGUAUUAACCUGCCAGGCUCUCACCGCUGCAUCUGCCCCAGAGGAUACACACUGGAAAGAGAUGGGCGACGUUGCAAAGACAUUAAUGAGUGCAGUCGGAAGAAUGGAGGGUGUUCGCACCUGUGUGUGAACCAAAAAGGUGGGCAUAAAUGUGCCUGUCCACCCUCCCAUCGCCUCUCCCCCUACAGCUGGAAGAAAUGUCUACCGAGGACAACAGCGAACACUGCUGGCUGAGCUGAAAGUACCUCAAAAUAAAAAUGUAAUUAAAUCCAGCCCAUACAGCAACAGCUGGAGCUCUGAUUGCCUGGCUGUUGUGUGUUGCCAUCAGAGCUGCGACUGCUGCUAGUAUAUAAAAGUAUACGUGGCAAACAGAAAACAGAUAAAUGCAAGGUUAUUAUUGUUAGUCAAAUUUUAUUAUUGUAUGAAUAUAAUUAGAAAUGUACAAUGUAUGUAAAUGUAAUGUAAUAAACAUAUUAUUCUGAUGGAAAUGAGGGGAAACUGCAUUGUCAAAAUAAUUGAACAGGCCCUUAAAUAUUAAAUAGGUGACCUGCAUAUGUAUGAUGAUAGUAAAAUAUAUGAUAAUUAUUUUUUUUAAAUCUCUCUGUAUUUAUUUCUAUCUUGUUUUGAUAUAUAUUUUAAGUAUAUGCUAUAUUUUAAGGGUUAGGGUUAGCAAUAAAAUAGAUCAACAUUUA